AUUGAGCGCUAGGCUACUACAGCAACGAGGAACGAGGGGGUGUCACGCUUCACGCUUCUGAUACUAACAUUAGAACACUUGCCUGACUUCAGUCGAUGUCCAAUGAAUGAACGGGGUGUUGCAGAGUAGAGAGAGCACAGUAGCAUACCCUAAUAAAUCGAAGCACAACUUUAUCUCGAGCAAGACGAGUGCCAUCAUUCUCCCUGUCUCACGUCUCCUGUGUACGGGAGUCUCUCUCCAGGGAUCAAGGUAUCCAAAAUGACUAAGCGCAAAUCAAAGACUGCCGCCAACUUCAAGCCAGAGCGCGAGGACAACUCUUUCUUAAUAGAAUCCCAUCCAGUGUCCGAGUCACGAGGAAGAGUAAAUCAAGUUGCGCUGCCAUGCAUGUUGUUCCUUAUGGUCGCGAUUGGAGGGGCAUCCGCCGGCUGGUUUUGCCUGCAACAGCAACAAUCCAUUGAUCAGCUAUCAGAAACAUUCAGGGACAUGCAAAUAAGAAUCACCAAGUUUCAGCAACAGAUGGGGAUGAGAGAUGCACAGAUGAGCUCAGGAGGUCUGAUCGAGGAGAGGAUACUGGCUUUGGAGGCAGCUCAGAAACAGGCCCAGCAAAAGGCGGAGGUUACCCUGACAGCAUCAGAGCAGUUGAAGAGCAUCGACCUCAAAUCCCAGUUGUGGGCACUCCACAACGAGAUGAACACCAGGCUGGCUGAGUUCCAGCAGGUAGCCAUCUCCUCCGCAGCCCUGCAGGCCAUGAUGAAGAACAAGAGCGACGACUUCGAUUCGGUCAAGGAGAGCGUGGCGGCCGUUUCGAGCUCCAACUCUGCAUUAGCAGUGGGCUUGGCGCGGAUGACCAGCACAGUGGACAAUGUCAAAUCCAGGCUGGACGGGCAGGUGUCUACGGUGGACAGCUUGACGUCACAGCUGGAGGGACAGGUCACUGAGCAGAGGGAACUGAGAGAGUUUCUGAGUCUUCACAGGGUAGUGCUUCAUAACAACCACCAGGAAGUGGGUGAAAUCAAGGAGUUGCUGGAGGAACGGCAGGCCAAGAACGCCCAGGCUCUGGAGCAGCAGCUGCAGUUAGUGACCAGGACCCUGGAUGAGCAGCACAUCAGCUCCCAGAGCCUGCACUCCCACCUCAAGAAGCAGCUGGAGGCUGUUCACAGCCAGCUGGUGAAUGGUGGUCCACUCAGCCAAGAGGAAGUAGACUCCGAGGCAGCAGAGGCCUCAGAAAUGGCGGAACGGGAGCAUGAGGUAACAGAGGAAGAACCUGCUGAGGAGGAGGUAGAGGAGGACGUUACUGAGGAGGCAGUGGAACAGGAAGCGGAAGAGGAGGACAUUACUGAGGAGGCAGUGGAACAGGAAGCUGAAGAGGAGGACGUUGCUGAAGAGGCAGUGAAACAGGAAGCUGAAGAGGAGGACGUUACUGAGGAGGCAGUGGAACAGGAAGGUGAAGAGGAGAACGUUACUGAGGAGGCAGUGGAACAGGAAGCUGAAGAGGAGGACGUUACUGAGGAGGCAGUGAAACAGGAAGCUGAAGAGGAGGACGUUACUGAGGAGGCAGUGGAACAGGAAGCUGAAGAGGAGGACGUUACUGAGGAGGCAGUGGAACAGGAAGCUGAAGAGGAGGACGUUACUGAGAAGGCAGUGAAACAGGAAGCUGAAGAGGAGAACUUUACUGAGGAGGCAGUGGAACAGGAAGCUGAAGAGGAGGAAAUGGAGCAGGAGGUGUCAGUGGAAAAGGAAGUGACAGAGGAGCCUGAAGAACAGCUAUUUGUAGUGGAGUCAUUGGAAGAUGGUGUCACAGAAGUGCAACUGGAGGAGGAGGAGCCAAAGGACGAGGAAGAGGAGAUUGAUGAUGACAAUGACUUUCCAGAGGACUGGUCUCCUGAGGAGCUAUGGUAGGAGGAGGAAAAGGUUCAGGCACACAUUGCUGACUCUGGUAUGGCUAGAGCAGACAUUUUGGCAAUUGAAACAUUACUGUUUUGAAAGAAGUGGAGGCCACUCAACCAACAUGAGGCGUGGUGCAUUAACAAAAAUGUGAUAAUCAUUGAAAAGAUAAAGGCGCAACACUAACUCACCGCUAGAAACAUGUUAUUUUAUUUAAGUAACUAUUAAUAGCCUGACAAAAUGAUGACGUAGGGGCCCAUAUGUACAUGUCCAUUCCCUCUGUAUAAUUUGUCUGAUGAAAGUCAUUGAUGAAGGUCGAAAUGUCACAUUUUUAAUAGUUGCUUGAAUAAAUCAAAUCAAAAUCAAAUCAAAUGUAUUUAUAUAGCCCUUCGUACAUCAGCUGAUAACUCAAAGUGCUGUACAGAAACUCAGCCUAAAACCCCAAACAGCAAGCAAUGCAGGUGUAGAAGCACGGUGGCUAGGAAAAACUCCCUAGAAAGGCCAAAACCUAGGAAGAAACCUAGAGAGGAACCAGGCUAUGAGGGGUGGCCAGUCCUCUUCUGGCUGUGCCGGGUGGAGAUUAUAACAGAACAUGGCCAAGAUGUUCAAACGUUCAUAAAUGACCAGCAUGGUCAAAUAAUAAUAAUCACAGUAGUUGUUGAGAGUUCAGCAAGUCAGCACCUCAGGAGUAAAUGUCAGUUGGCUUUUCAUAGCCGAUCAUUAAGAGUAUCUCUACCGCUCCUGCGUUCUCUAGAGAGUUGAAAACAGCAGGUCUGGGACAGGUAGCACGUCCGGUGAACAGGUCAGGGUUCCAUAGCAUAGCACAUAAUGAUACAGUAUGUCUUUAAUGGUGAGCGAGCGUGGGCCAUUUCCUUUUUAAUUAAUCAUACUUUACUGCAUUGCCAGAAAUUAAAUUACAUUUGACCAAAAUGGCGAGGUCUUAUGGAAAUAUAAAAGACAUAUUUCUAAAGAUAAAGACACGUGCCUAUCGAGGACCCACUCCUCAAGACCCACACCCUCAUACAGGGUCUUUAAAGUUCAACAGGACUACUUCAGAUAAAAAUAAAGACUGUCAGGGCCAACUGUUAACAGUUGUCUGUACCUAAGUAAGCAGUCUGAAGUUUUCAGUUCUCUUUUUAAAUAGGAAUUUCAGAGCAAUAACAUCAGUUUUUAAGAUGAGUGACAAAAGCUACUUUCCAAUUUGUUGGCAAAGCCACAGAAGGCCCAAACACUUACCAGCUUGGUUAUGAACUUAUUUGAUAAUGUUUCAGUUGUAAAUGUACUUACUAAAAAGUUGUAAAUCAAAAUGUGUGUUCUUAUUUGGUUUUGAUUUAUGUAAAUACAUGUUCUUAACUGUCCAUAUUAUUGACCUAGCCUACAUUCAGUAGCUGGGAUUAUUAAUGGAGCCUUGUUUUAUUUCUGUCAUGUUAUAGAUGUGACAUUUUCAAACCUGCAAAUUGCAUCACAGAUGUCAUUGAUGUACUUUUCUAAUAAAAAAAGUGUAUACUUUAUUUAUUUACCUCUGCUUCUGUACUCUUAUUUGUUGUAGUUAACUAUUAGCCUAACAAUGAUUUAAACCUCGAUUUACAAGAAAGCUGUUAAAAUAUAAUUCUUCAGCUCAUGGUUUUAGUUCAUUUAUGUGAGCAACUAAAAGCUUGCCUCUGUCUAAAAGAGAAUGGAAUGAAACCCUUGACUGUAAUGUGAUCUGUAACUAAACACCUUCUCACAACCUCUCCCCAAAGGUUAUUUACGGUGUUGGCUUAGCCUAUGGCUGUGAGAACAGCAUAGCCCUGUGCUGGACAUGCUGUACAUGUGGUUGGAGUUUCCCCUGUCUGGUACUGGACAUGCUGUACAU